CACCGAUAAGAAACUGUAUUAUAAUUAUCUAAUGUAGAUAAGUAAAGUUGCUGCUUUACAAGCAAAGUCGUGCAAACUUAUCGACCACGAAAAACGUGACGUGUCGUUGUCGUCGUGUCCUGGUAUCCGUCGAAUAGUUUUGACAGCUCAAGGCAGUUAUAAGGGCGCAUGAGAUUUAUAAAUUUCCUAGAAUUCCGCUUUACCGGUGCUACACCGGGCGCGCAUUCGACGUCUCUCGGGGAUCGCAGCGACGUAUACGAGCCACGUAACUUGACUCUCUGGCUCCCGAGCGCGUACGUGUAUACGAGGUGUCGUGUGCGAGGUUAGGUUCCUCGACAGGCCCGUCACGAUGAGCCUACGCGACCGCCAGAUAAACGCCUUGAAACAGAUGCUGAACCUGAAUCAGCCCGAGCCGCGGUCGUACGAGGACGCGAUGCCCAUGUGGAAGAUCCUCGUCUACGAUCGCCUCGGCCAGGACAUCAUAUCGCCGCUGAUCUCCGUCAAGGAGCUGCGCGAGCUCGGGAUCACGUUGCACAUGCAGCUACACUCGGACCGCGACCCGAUCCCCGAGGUGCCGGCUAUCUACUUUUGCGCGCCCACGGACGAGAAUCUCGGCAGGAUCGGGCAGGACCUGCAGAACGGUCUGUACGAUAUCUAUCACCUCAACUUCAUCUCGCCGAUCAGCCGGCAGCGGAUGGAGGACCUGGCGGCGGCGGCGCUGCUCGGCGGCGUUGUCGCCAGCAUCCAUAAGGUGUUCGAUCAGUACCUGAACUUCAUCAGUCUGGAGGAUGACCUGUUCGUUCUGCGGCAUCAGAACAGCGAAGUGAUAUCCUACCACGCGAUCAAUCGCGGCGACGUCAAGGACAGCGAGAUGGAGUCGGUAAUGGACAUUAUUGUUGACUGUCUGUUUUCAGUGUUUGUCACCCUGGGCACUGUGCCGAUCAUACGGUGUCCCAGAGGCAACGCCGCCGAGAUGGUUGCCAAGAUGAUCGACAAGAAGCUACGGGACAACGUGUGGGACGCGAGGAACAAUUUGUUCGAGGGCGAGGCAUCUGCUGCGACUGGCCAUUAUAGUUUCCAGCGACCACUGCUCAUUGUGCUGGACCGUAACGUCGAUAUGGCCACGCCGCUGCAUCACACUUGGACGUACCAGGCGCUGGCGCACGACGUGCUGGAGAUGGCGUUGAACCGGCUCGUCGUAGAGGAGAGCGUGGGACGUUCUCCCGCGGGCGGGACGCGCUCCAAGACGCGCGCUUACGAGCUGGACAAUCGAGAUCGCUUCUGGUGCCAGCACAAGGGCAGCCCAUUCCCCCGAGUCGCCGAAGCGAUUCAGGAGGAGUUAGAGCAGUAUCGCACCUUCGAGGAGGACGUCAAGAAGCUCAAAACGUCGAUGGGCAUCGACAACGACAGCGAGGUGGCGUUGUCCAUGGUAUCCAGCAAUACGGCGCGGCUGACGAGCGCCGUCAACUCGUUGCCGCAGCUCCUGGAAAUGAAGCGGCUGAUCGACAUGCACACGUCGGUGGCCACCGGUAUCCUGAACGCUAUCAAGUCUAGGCGGCUCGACACGUUCUUCGAACUCGAGGAGAAGAUCAUGAGCAAGCAGACGCUCGACCGAAGCGUGCUGGAGACGAUCGGCGAUCCGGAUUGCGGCACCCCCGAGGACAAGUUACGUCUCGCCAUUAUCUAUUACAUUUGCACGAAUAUGUCCGACGCGGAAUACGAUAAGCUAGAGGCGGCGCUCACCGCGGCCGGCUGCAACCUGAACCCGCUGAUAUAUGUGAAGCGUUUGCGCAAUUACACUAGGAUAGCCGAGAUCCAGAGUAGCUACGAGGGCGGCGGCACCAAGACGGUCAGUAUGUUCUCCAAGCUGAUGACUCAGGGCUCGUCGUUCGUCAUGGAGGGCGUGAAGAAUCUGGUUGUGAAGAGGCACAAUUUACCCGUGACCAAGAUCGUGGACGAGCUGAUGGAGUCCAAGCAGUCGUCGCGCACCGAGGACUACCUUUACCUGGACCCGAAGCAGCUUAAGCACACCGAGCAGAUGCCGAAGAAUCGGCCGACGUUCCAGGACGUGAUAGUCUUCGUGGUGGGGGGCGGCAAUUACAUCGAGUACCAGAACCUGGCGGACUAUAUGAAGCAACGAAGCGGAGCCGGGGUGAACAAACGGGUGAUCUACGGCUCCACGACCUUCAUCAACGCCAAGCAAUUGCUCAAGCAACUUUCUCUACUCGGCCAGGAAGUCCACUCGUGAACGGAUAUACCGGUUUUAUCAUCUUCGCUAACUUUCCCCCCUUCCUCCCCUGUCUCAUCUAUGUCUUUCACUCGCGCGCGGUAUCCAAUGACGCUAUAUGCAUUUCUUUUUUUAAUAAGGUCGUUGUUAGCUCUUGUAUAAAGUGUACAAUAUGAAUAAAGCCCGGUUCGUUAUUUUCAGCAAUGCCUCUCCUCUGCCUUCGACUUUCCCACCACUCGGGCCUGCCACGUGUUUCUCGUCUCGCUUUUCUCUCUAUCUUUCUCUCGUGCGCUCGUGCGCGCUUACGUGUGUAUGUACACGACUACAUUCAAUUUGUUUGAUCGAUCGGUCGUGCACGAUGGAUACAUGCUUCCUUCUUUGACAUUUUUGUAAAAGCGUGUAUACGUUCUCGUAUUGACACGUUUUUUUGUUAAAAAUCGCGGGCAUUUUAAGGAAAAAAAAAUGGCUACAUCGGGAGAACUUGUGCAAAGAGCUGUAAUCCCUACCAAUUCGCAGAAUGCAGUCUUGGAGUAUUUUAUAUCCAAGCAAGAGGAACGUCAAACUAUCAAGUAACGUAAAUAAAAAAUAAUUAGAAAAUAAUUAGAUGGUUAUAAACGUUGCAGUACAAUAUUCUUAUUUAAUAUAUUGAAGGUUCAUAGGUAAAAAGAAAUUAUAUGAGGAACGUAAGAGUAAAGAUGCGCGAAAUAGAUGAAUUUAUUGUAACACGUAAUAAUCGAUAAUAAGAAGCGAAUAGUACAAUAGAAUUACUUUAGUCUCUUAAUAAUAGAAAGAAUUAUAUUUUUAAUAAAUUUUAAAAUAAAUAUUUAGUAUAA